CCUAAUCGCGCCACGGCGGGGAAACCACACGUCAUCAAGUUCCGAUCCCCCAAUCUCUACCCAGAGGGACUCGCCUACAACCGCUCCGCACAGCACUUCAUCGUCGGAUCCCUCCGCCACCGCUCGAUCCACUCCGUCUCCGAUGCUGGCGUCGUCGACACCCUCAUCACAGACCUCUCUCUCCCUCCCAACGCCUCGAUCCUCGGUCUGGCGGUCGAUUCCGUCAACAACCGCCUCCUCGCCGCCGUCCACUCCAUGGCCCCGCUCCCAAUCUUCAACGCCUUAGCCGCCUACGACCUCCGCACCCACCAGCAGCUCUUCCUCUCCCUCCUCCCCGACGGCGGAGCCACCGGGCGCCCCGUCGCGAACGCGGUGGCCGUCGACUUCAAGGGCAACGCGUACGUCACCAAUUCCUUGGGAACUGAGGAAGGUAACUUCAUCUGGAAAGUAGAUUCGGAAGGAAACGCGUCGAUCUUCUCCAGAUCGGAUAAAUUCACCGAAUCCCCCGUCGACCACGACCUGCCGUACAGCGAAUCGGGGCUCAACGGCGUGGCCUACGUCAGCAAGGGGUACCUUCUCGUGGUGCAGAGCAACACCGGGAAGGUGUUCAAGGUCGAUGAGGUCACCGGGGGAGCAAGGCGGGUGAUCCUGCCGGCGGAUCUGAUGUACGCCGACGGGAUCGCGGUGAGGAGGUGGGACGGGGCCGGGCUGUUCCCCUGGAGGUCGAGGUGGCGGAGGUCGGGGAGGUCGGCGAGAGCGGGCGGGAUGGGGCCUUGGAGGAGGUUCUGGGAGAGGUCAAGGAAGCGGAGGGCGCGGCAGGCGGAGAUGGCGCCGGGGAGGGAGGAGUUGAUGGAGUUGUUGAAGAGGGAGAGGGAGGAAGCGCCCUUUAUUUGUAAUUUUUUUUUGUUUUAUUUUUUUUAUAUUAAUGUGAAAAUGAGUUGGAAAUGGUAG